AUGUCCAACUCGAUCAAACAGGCGGCUGAAGCAGCACGUUCUAGGGGAAACGAAAUGAUGGGCACGGCCAAGAGUGUCAGGAGCGACGGCGUCGCCGUCGCUAAUGACUUCCUGCACACACCCUUCAUGCGGGCCGCCCUGCCCUUUAUCAAUGGCGGGCUCAGCGGCAUGGUCGCCACUACGGUGAUCCAGCCCGUGGACAUGGUCAAGGUUCGCAUCCAGCUGGCAGGCGAGGGCAAGGCCGGCGGGCCAAAGCCGACGCCGCUCUCCGUCACCCGCGAGAUCCUCGCGAGCGGAAAGGCCCUCGACCUAUACACAGGCCUCUCAGCCGGCCUUCUCCGACAAGCCGUAUACACCACCGCCCGCCUCGGCUUCUUCGAUACCUUCAUGAUUAGCCUCACAUCCCGUGCUAAGGCCAAGGGCCAAAGUAUAGGCUUCGCCGAGCGCGCGACAGCGGGCCUCACGGCGGGCGGGUUGGCGGCCAUGAUCGGCAACCCGGCGGAUCUCGCGCUGAUCCGCAUGCAGAGCGACGGGCUCAAGCCGCUCGCCGAGCGCAAGAACUACAAAUCGGUCAUCGACGCGCUGGGGUCCAUUGCGAAGAGCGAGGGCGUCGGGGCGCUGUGGGCGGGAGCGGCGCCGACGGUGGUGCGCGCCAUGGCGCUCAACUUUGGGCAGCUCGCCUUCUUCAGCGAGGCCAAGGCCCAGCUCAAGACGCGCACCAACUGGUCCACAAACGGCGUCACCCUGAGCGCGAGCGCCAUCGCCGGCUUCUUCGCCAGCUUCUUCUCGCUGCCCUUCGACUUCGUCAAGACCCGCCUGCAGAAGCAGUCCCGGGGCCCCGACGGGAAGCUGCCGUACAACGGGAUGGCCGAUUGCUUCGCCAAGGUCGCUAAGCAGGAGGGCGUCAUGCGCUUCUAUCGCGGGUUCGGAACAUACUACGUGCGCAUCGCGCCGCAUGCGUGA